GUCUGUUAAGUGCUGUGGUUUGUAAUCAUUAGAAACUGUGGCUAAUGUGGAUGACACUCUUGCGGAGAUGUUUCUGGAAGAAAUACCACCAACAGAGGAACAAUUAAUUGCUGCCAUUCGCCGAGCGACCAUAAGGAGAUGCUUCACUCCAGUUUUUGUUGGGUCUGCACUGAAGAACAAGGGGGUCCAGCCUCUCCUUGAUGGUGUUGUGGAUUACCUGCCUGAACCUUUUGAGGUGACAAAUUUUGCCUUGGAUGCUGAAAAUGCUGGAGAACAAGUGGAGAUGAGCAGUGAAAGGAGUUCUUCUCAUCCCUUCGUGGGUCUGGCUUUCAAGCUCGAGGCCGGAAGAUACGGUCAGCUGACUUACCUCAGAGUGUACCAAGGCUUGUUAAAGCGAGGGGCUUAUAUCGUAAAUACUCGGACCGGGAAACGCCUUAAGGUGCCAAGGAUCGUCCGAAUGCAUUCGGACACUAUGGAGGAUGUUCAAGAGGCUGGUGCUGGCGAUAUAUGUGCCUUAUUUGGAGUGGAAUGUGCAUCUGGAGACACUUUUACUGUAGAAGGAGCCAAAUCACUCUCUAUGGAACCAAUUUUUGUUCCUGAUCCAGUUAUUUCGCUCGCUGUAGAGGCAAAGAACAAGAAUGAUUUAGCUCAGUUCUCCAAAGCUCUUAGUCGAUUCUCUCGUGAAGAUCCAACAUUCAGAGUGAGUUUCGACGAUGAAAGCAAGGAGACUAUCAUUUCUGGAAUGGGAGAGCUUCAUUUGGACAUAUACACCGAGAGAAUGCGAACAGAGUUUAACUGUCCUGUAAUAUCCGGUAAACCCAAGGUAGCCUUCAGAGAAACAAUAAGCGGAAAGGCCACGUUUGAAUAUCUUCAUAAAAAGCAAACAGGAGGAGCUGGUCAAUAUGGCCGAGUCAUCGGCAGAAUCGAGCCUAUGCCACAAGAAUCCCUCACAGAGCUCGAAUUUGUCGAUGAAACUGUGGGCAUGAACAUCCCCAAGAAUUUCAUUCCCUCUAUAGAAAAGGGUUUCCUAGAAAUUUGCGAGCGUGGCCUUCUCACAGGGCAUAAGCUGGCUGGAAUUCGUUUUGUCCUUGAAGAUGGAGCGGCUCACGGAGUGGAUUCCAGUGACCUCGCUUUCAGACUUGCAGCCAUGGGAGCCAUGAGAGAAGCGUUUCCCAAUGCCUCUCCUCUGAUUCUGGAGCCAAUCAUGUCAGUGGAGGUGAAUAUCCCCCAGGAAUUCCAGGGAGUGGUGAUUUCAGGCCUUAACCGUCGACACGGUGCAAUCACUGGCACAGAUGCGGCGGAAGGUUAUGUUACAAUUUAUGCCGAGGUUCCACUCAACGACAUGUUCGGUUACUCCACCGAUUUACGGUCGCAAACACAGGGAAAAGGUGAAUUCACAAUGGAAUACUGUAAAUACUUGCCCGCCUCACAACAAGUACAAGCGGAGCUGAUAGAAAAAUUUAACGUGGAGAGACUCAAGAAAGCCAAAAGAUAGCGUACGGCUAAGCUAUCAUCCCUCCCCUCCCUUGGUUAUUUUUUGUCACUACUUCCGCUGGAACUUACUUUUGUGGUUGCGCAUCCUGAGAUUUAAUACAAGUGGCUUUACAAAAAUCAGAACAUUAAUUCGAUAUCAAGAGUGAUAUAUUUAUUUUAGCGUUUACUGUUAGCCAGAACUAUAUUCCUGUUUUAAGAAAAGGGGAGUUUCUCUUUCCCUGUAUUUUUGCUAUGCUUUUUGUCCAAUCAAGUUUGUGUCGAUCAUUUCGAAGCUUCAAUAUUCCCCACGGGCAAUCCGCCCCCCUUAUAUUUGAUUUUUGAAGAUUGAUUUGUUCAAAUUAUCACUGCCUGGGGGCAAAAACUGUGCUCAAAUUAUCUAUCCAAGUGCCGGAUUUGAUGGUCAAUUUUUUUGCAAAGGGCGAAAUCGGCGACAGAGAAUUUCAACGCGCUCGCGAAAGUGGAACGUUUUACACCUCCAUAUUAAAAGAUAUGAUAUACCAGUAUUGCGAUGGAAAGACUUGACACUCUUGGUUCAAAUUUCCCACCUCAGCUAGGUAACGUUCCACCUCUCGAGCACGGACAACGGUCAAAUCCCCGUGAGUUGCCUAGGAAGGGAUGUUGAAGCUGAGUGUUGAAGCUGCUGAGAAUGAUCUUGUCGACAUAUAAACUUACGUGACACAAUAUUUCAGUCCGAUUUCCAAACGGGCGAGGUUUAUCAAUCGUAAGUAGAUAAUAGAGAUUUAGAUUGUGACUAAAAUGAUCAUGAUCACGCGGUUAAUGACCUUUAUUUCAGAAAAUUUUAAAUAUCUCACGCAACCUCGUUGCUAGACCCCCGUUCCGUCCGACGAUUCCCAAGUGACCUUGGGACUUUCCGUAGGUCACGUGCCAGACCGAAGGAACAAAAGACUUUUUUCUUUUUUUAAUUAAACUCUAGAUUAGUUUUCAUAGUGGGCAUGGCGCAUAUGAAAGUAUACAAUGACUCAUGGAGCUGUUUUUUUGUGUGCGUCAAGAAAGCUGAAAGCGCCUCGAAAAUUGCGUUUUUACCGAGCUAGUCGCUAUGGUCUUCCUCAGCCGCGUUUGGAAUGUCGCUCUGCGUCCCCUCCCUAAAAGAACAUUGCGCGUGACAUUUCAAAGAACAGCUGCCAAAUAUUGUUCGAAUUUCAAAACGAAUCAUCAAGACGAGUCAUGAAAGAACAAGGUCGCAAAAUGAAGUGCAUAAUAGAAAGUUUGUUUCUUUUGCUGACCUAGUUAAAAUAUUUUGCUUUUAAAAUAAACAGUUGAACAAUG